AUGCUGUCGGCACCCUCUACAAACUAUUCUCUACUCUCAUUCGACCGAAAUCGCGAUAAUGGCCAUACCGCCGAAUCACCUGGAUCUUUCGAUUUUCUCCCGUCUGUCAGUUUUGAUGAACUGCACACCAGUAUCGAAUCUGCUUCAACCGAUUUCAAACUUACCCAGUUCCCUUCACCCACCGGCGAAGGAAGCAUUCUUGAGGGGAAAGGUUUAAUGGAAAGGAAACUACCUGAAAGGCCAAUCAUGACGCAGAACACUGGCACAACACGUGGAAGCAUACCGCCUCCGCCGUCUCGACCCGGUCGUUCAGGGUCAAUCUUGCGUCGACCGAGCACCUCGAGCAGGCAGACGAGUGUGUCCUCAGUCGUGUCUUCUUCCUCUGGUGGCACACUGGAUGCCCCUUCUGCGCCCGCAGCUAUGCGAAAUCGUCGCCAGAGUCAAUUUCCCCCAGUUUCAAAUGCCGCCGCCCCCAGGCCACCUCGGAAAUCCAUGGGGCCUGGAGUCAUCGCAGAUUCGGACCUGGCCGCCCGAAAUGCACCUGCCAGGCGCACCAGUCUGUUGGGAGACAAAAAUGCCCCCCGGGACUCUACAAGACGGUCUAUUGACGGUGGUUCUGUAACUGGUUCAGACUCAACACGCAAUUUGCCAACAUCGCGGGCAAUCAAGGCAAAAUCAGUUCAGCCACCUCCGCGGACGAGUCAGACGAACUUGCUCGGGGGGUCUACUCUUACUCCAGAGCAACACCGUUUAUCGACCCUGGCUCCUAGAUCUCCACGUGUUGGCGCAAAGGCAGGUACCCCAUCAUCUGGCUCUAGCAAAAGGAUGUCGAUGAUGCCGGGCAGCCACGCCACGGGAUUAGGAGCUCGUACAAUCAGCCCAACUGACACGAGAAGAAUGAAACGCUUGUCCAUGAUGCCACAAUCACAAAGCUUAAACAUGCUUGCGAAUGUGCCUCCACCUCCUCCGCCAGUAUCAAUGGAUGUGCGAGCGGAGUCUCGAUCUCCAUCCAUGAUCCCACGCAAGGCCUCCCUGACUCCUUCUUCCGCCAGAACGACCCCAGAUAUAAACAAUCGAAAGUCGUACAGCUCCGGUCUCUCUGUAGGCUCUACGGCUAGUUAUAAUACUGUGAGGACGUCUACGGGAUCUGUUCAACCUCGUCUCCCUCUACCAUCGUCUGCAACUCGAUUGCCGGCGCCCAAGCACGGCAGCACGCACAACAAUUUGCAAACAGACGAUGAUGAAGACGUUCCCCCUGUUCCUGCCAUACCCAAAGCCUAUGAAUCGCCAAAGGAAUCCCAUGCUGAGACGUACUUUAUGGAAAAGAAGAAAUCGAGCCUCAACAAUCUCGACUCAACGAGUAUUCAUAGCAAUUCGACUAGUAGCAUAUCAAUGCCAGUCCACCUCGAGCCUACCAAAGUUCAGCAAAAGGCGAAUGUCAGAAAGAACACCUAUGCGGGGAUAACCGCUGUUGAAGAAGAGAAUCAAGAAAUUCAGUCUAGGAAACAGCUGGAACCACUGAGUCUACCGCCUCUUAAUAUUGGGCCAUUGAACUUUCCUUCCACCUCCAAAGUCAAUGGUCAAACUUCUUCUCAUCGAGAUCUCAGCCCACCACCUUCACGACAAGUUCCCAAGACUCCUACAACACCUAUAACGGCAUCGAAGAGUUCAUUCUUCUCCAAGAGUCGGUAUGACGAAACGUUGGAACUUCCCUCUCUUAGGAGCAGUACCUCCGCUCAUCAUAUCCGCCGAGUUACGCAGACCCCCCCUGAUGGCAUCUCUUCAGAUUCGUCCCCUAGCUUGAUUGAGCCGAUCCACAAGUCGAGCAUCUCCCCCUUUCUAUCGUCGUCUUUGCCUAAAGGAGGCUUUGAGGCUGGGCACCUGGAGAGGUCCAAGACUGGAGGGGAUUGUGCCACCAUUACAGGAGCUUUUUUGGAGCCCAGUGCCGAACGAAAGCCUUCUGGCCCUCGAGAACUGAACAAGGCUAAGCCUAUCCCGCAGUCUCCACCAGAUACUGCAGAGACUCAAGGACCUCAAAGUCCCUCCUCCAAGACAUCCCUUCGGAGAAAGCUUAGCUUGUCGUGGAAGCGAAGCAACUCCAAGUCCGGUUCUGUUGACACGGCUGAUAAAUCUGGCACGCAGCAGCCGCCAAAAUCAGAUGGCAUGCCGCCUCCCCGGAUUCCUGUCUCAUCAUCUGCUGCGGUGGGCGGUUACUCCGGUCUCAAACAGCCCAAUCCUAGUCCCAUCGUAAACACGAAUUCUCAUGGAGCUAAUGCUGAUAUCAGAAGACGGAAGAGCUCGGCAGCAAGUUUAACGAAUUACGGGGCCCCCAGUCGCAUCAAGAGCGAUACAUGGCACGCUCAUCAAGAAGGACUUGACCCCAUUGCUGUGCCUUCGACCAGAAGCGCUAGUGGCGUAUCGAAUAAGAUGGUCAAGCCCAAGUCAUCCGUUAAUGCACUCCGGACUGUUGGUUCUUGGACUACGGACCCCGAUAAAGACGAUAUUGCUGCUGAAGAAGAAAUGCGCAAGCUAGGAUCUCGACGAAAGGAAACCGAGAUUGCUGGCAGGGCAUUGGACGCCUUGAAGAAGAGGGCAACGCCAAAGGAGCGUGUGGGGUCUCAGGAUGCCAUACGGAUUGCUAUGCUCAAUAUAUAUGAACGAGGCGAAAUUAUUGACUACAACGACGUAUACUUUUGUGGAACCCAAAAUGCCCGGAAAGUUGUGGGAAACUUGCAGUCAGACACUCCAAAUUUUGGCUAUGAUGACGAACGCGGUGAUUACACUAUUAUCCCAGGUGAUCACCUUGCGUACAGAUAUGAGAUUGUGGAUAUUCUUGGAAAGGGAAGCUUUGGACAGGUUGUUCGGUGUAUUGACCACAAACUUGGGGUUCUUGUUGCCAUCAAAAUCAUUAGGAACAAGAAAAGGUUCCAUCAGCAAGCUCUUGUCGAGGUCAAUAUUCUUCAAAAGCUUCGCGAAUGGGAUCCCAAGAAUAAACACAGCAUGGUCAAUUUCACGCAGAGUUUCUAUUUCCGCGGCCACCUUUGUAUCUCGACGGAACUCCUGGAUAUGAACCUUUACGAGUUUAUUAAGGCACAUUCUUUUCGUGGGUUCUCUUUGAGAAUUAUUAGGCGAUUCACGAAGCAGAUCCUGAGCUCUCUAGUUCUGCUUAAGCAGCGUAAGGUCAUUCAUUGCGACUUGAAACCCGAAAAUAUUCUUCUGAAGCAUCCUUUGCACUCGGAAAUCAAGGUGAUCGACUUUGGAUCAAGUUGUUUCGAGCAUGAGAAGGUAUACACGUAUAUCCAGUCAAGAUUUUAUCGAUCCCCAGAAGUCAUUCUAGGUAUGACAUAUGGCAUGCCCAUCGAUAUGUGGAGUGUAGGUUGUAUUCUGGCCGAACUUUACACAGGGGUUCCCAUUUUCCCUGGUGAGAAUGAGCAAGAGCAGCUGGCAUGUAUUAUGGAGGUGUUUGGACCCCCCGAGAAGCAUUUGAUCGAGAAGAGCACGAGAAAGAAACUAUUCUUCGACUCUAUGGGGAAACCGCGGUUGACUGUAUCGUCGAAAGGCCGACGUCGUCGUCCGUCGUCAAAGACCCUGCAGCAGGUGUUGAAAUGCGACGACGAAGCUUUCUUGGACUUCAUUGCUCGUUGCCUGCGAUGGGAUCCUGAGAGGCGACUGAGACCCGAGGACGCCGUUCGGCAUGAAUUCAUCACGGGUCAGAAAGUACCAGUCAUCAUCCCAAGGCCGCCAGCCAGGGAAUCGUCGCCGUCGAAACGAGUCAAUCCCCUUUCGGCCCCUCGCCCCCUACCCGACCCUCCAGCUUCUAUCGUUAAAGGAGUUGGCGGUUCCAUGCGGACUGGCAUUAGCCCCCACAAGCCGGUAUCUGGCACUUCAAGAAGAACCUCCGGGGCUACAGCUGCUACCGCUGCUAGCAUCAACAGACGAACCAGUGCGGGCGGUUCCAUUAGCAGUAUCAGCAGUCUACCUCGUGCCGCUGGUCGAACUGCUAGUGGCAAACAGGACCUUGCAGCAGCUGGUGCGUCGGCCGCAAUGAGCCGACGAGUAUAA